AUGAUCCGGUUCAAAGCCGCAGACUCUGAUGUUGUGCCCAUCCCUACCGAUUCGCUCAACCUGCCGGGCCCGGAUUCCUUGGAUACGCGGCAAAAAGUCGGCAUUUGGAUCGUCGUCCUCGCCGCCGUCCUGCGGUUUAGCUUUUAUGCGUUUAGGUACUAUCGCCGAUCACGAGUAUCGAAGAAGUCGGAGCUCCCCUUGCGCGACGCUUACAUGUCUAUGCCCCCGGAUCCUAACCUCGAGAGAGACCGAAGCGAGAAUAAGAACGAGAGCUUGGGAGAUUUGAGAGAACGGGCGGAAGUGGAUGGGCAGCAUGAGAUCGAGAUGGCAAAUGAAAUAGACCCACCCCAGCUUACAGAAAAUAAAACAUUGCAGGUUGAAGGACUAACGAAGCCCCGUCUGGCUACCUUAGAUAGUGAACCGACUGCAGCAGGGCCGAAAUCGGUUGAUUCGGUCGGAGGACUGGAUUCUUCCACAGACCAUGCAUCGACGGAUAUCCAGCAAGGGAUGGACAUGGGACUCGAUGCCUUCGCACUGAACGUCGGGGCUCCCACUGCCGACUGGGCUAAGGAUGCCGUUGACCAGCUCUUCAAAGCUGCUGGCCAUACGAACGGAAAGUUCAAGUUGUUCUUUAGUUUCGAUCUUUCUGCGUGGGAUAAUCUGCAGGACCACAUCGAUCUGUUCAACUCAUACUCCAGCGAUUUCAAGAAACACAACGCGGUCUCGCUGAUCCCCAACUUGGACACCCAGAACAUUGACAAGUACUACAACGAGCCGUCGAGCUACCUCGCCGAGUUCGUCGAUAUUGUGGAUGGCUUUUUCAGCUGGGAAUCUGCUUGGCCCGCUGCGAGCGACACUCCCUCGAACCUGAGCUCGACUUGGGACCGCAAUGUGAUGGACUUUGCCCAUGGCGCUAGCAAGGCCUACAUGAUGGGUAAAGCAAUCUUCCCAAGAAAUGCACACAAGCAGUACCUGACAGAACUAGGUCUCUCUGCCCUCCAGUUCAAGGACUGCUGCGGUGGAAACUACUAUCGGAUCGGCGAAGCCAACCUCCCCCAACGUAUGUCGCAGAUCCUCGACAUCGCCCCCGACCUGGUCGAAGUCAUCACAUGGAAUGACGGCGGUGAAAGCCACUACAUCGGCAACCUGUGGGACGAAGCCUACUCAGGGCCCGAUGCCCUGCAAUACGCCAACAUGUCAUCUUUCCCCCAUAACGCUUGGCAACCCCUCAUAACCUCCUUCAUCAACGCGUUCAAGGCCGGCUCCUCCGCCUCGGAGAUGGCGCCCCCGGGCUCCGACCCCAUCGGCGCUUUCUGGUACCAUCCUGUCCUGAAAAAUUGUGAUGGGAUUGACAGUAUCGAUAACAUUGGCUCGGCGCAGAGCACCGUGAACUAUGCCGUCGUACUGCCGGCUGAUAGCCAGGGUGUGUCCAUCAAGAUAACUAGUGGUGGGAACCAGAUCGCCGAGACACAGCUUAGCCCUGGUCUUAACUUUGCUGCUGUUACCGGGCAGUCGUCGGGGGCGCAGAAGGUCGAGCUUGUGUCGAAUGGGCAGACUUUCAUGUGUGCAGACAGCCCUUCGAAUGUUCCUGCGAACCCUGAGAUGUGCAACUUUAAUUUUGUUGUUGUAGGGCUGGAAUCAAGCUCUUAG